GAAGCGCUUCAAGAGAACAUUAUUAUUAUGGUUGAGAGAUCGACGGCACUGGGAAUCAGACCAAGAAACGAAUCGAAAUCCACGGUAGAUUUACCGUCGAUAGACCAUCUGCAGUUAUUGUAACGAUCGAUUAUUUUAUUGUGACUGUUUUGACCGAGAAGCCAACACAAUUCCUACAUCAUCCGAUACUGCUUUGCAAAGACAGCAAUAGGUUCCAUCGCCGCUAGGACGAGCCUGCAUCGACUGAGACAUUGUGAUAGGCUGGCUAUAGGAGAAGGAACCAGCUGCAUGCACCUCCUCCACCGUCAGCAGCGAGAACGGUACCGUUCAGUGCCUGUAUCACCCGUUAACGGGAUGACGAAGUGAACCAAGCCUCCUCACGCACCGAACGCUGGAUUCCGCAUGAGGACUGAAUGAGUGGAAAGAGAGGGAGACAAGAGGUGAUGGCGAUGCUGGUCUAGUGAGGAGAAGGGAAAGCCGAUUGAUUUAAUCAGGACCUUAACAGCCGACACGGGGUGUCUACCGAGGUUUCAACAACCAAUUAAUCCCCUCGCACGACGGAGGACAUUUGUCAUUCCGAGGCGAUGGGAACCGCGCGUGGAUGCCGGACUGCGGUUUAAACGUGCACGUGUCUCUCUGUGAAAGCGCCGCUGUGAUGGAGCACGACGAAAGUAGCGACGUGGAGGUUGCUGCCGAGCCCCUGCUGCACGGUAUUCACGCGCCCAAUCGGAUCAGGCCCUCGUCGUACCGGGCACUGCGGAGUGCGGUUUCCAGCCUGGCGCGCAUCGAUGACUUCGUAUGUGAGAAGAUCGGGUCAGGGUUCUUUUCAGAGGUCUUCAAGGUGCAGCACAGGAUCACAGGCCAGGUGAUGGCCCUAAAGAUGAACACUCUGGCCAGCAACAAGGCCAACAUGCUCCGGGAGGUCCAGCUCAUGAACCGGCUCUGCCACCCCAAUAUACUCGGGUUCCUGGGAGUGUGUGUACAGGAGGGCCAGCUCCAUGCUCUAACUGAGUACAUCAACGGGGGUAACCUGGAGCAGCUGCUGGACAGUGACAGGUAUCUGUCGUGGUCGGUGAGGAUGGGUCUGUCUCAGGACAUCGCCUGUGGCCUGCAGUACCUCCACAGCAAGGGCAUCUUCCACAGAGACCUCACCUCCAAGAACUGUCUGGUACGCUGUGAGAAUGGUGUGUUCACUGCAGUAGUGGGAGACUUUGGUCUUGCAGAGAAGAUUCCAGACUACAGUGACGGGGUUGAUCAGCAGCCUCUGGCCGUGGUGGGCUCCCCCUACUGGAUGGCCCCGGAGGUGCUGAGAGGAGAGCUCUAUGAUGAAAAGGUGGAUGUGUUUGCCUAUGGAAUCAUCCUGUGUGAGAUCAUCGCCCGGAUAGAGGCUGAUCCGGACUUCCUACCUCGCACUGAGGACUUUGGACUAGAUGUGGAUGCCUUUGAGAACCUGGUUGGUGACUGUCCAACACCAUUCCUCAACCUUGCAGUCCUCUGCUGCAAUAUGAAUGCAAAGACGCGUCCCUCGUUCUCUGAGAUAGUGGUCUUGCUGGAGGGGAUGGAGAUAGGAGAGGAGGAGAGGAAGACGGCCAUCCCUCUGGGCGAUUGUCUCUCGUCAAAACCCCCCACUGGCCACAUCAGCCCCUACCGACGACGGAGUUCCCUCUGUCACCCUGGCGACCAGCAGUUGUCACGGAGCCAGUCUGAAAUGCUUCCACCAACGACGCCCCCACUCGGCACCCCGGCCCGGGUCAACCCCUUCUCCCUGCGGCAGGACCUGAACGGGGCCGCAUCAAGCUCUACGACACCCCCAGCAAGGGAAACCUCUUACUCCGAGGGCCCCCGGCGCUGCCAGUCUCUCCCCUGCACCCCGAGCCGGAGCGAACCCUCUCCCUCCUCCGGGACCCCGACCUGCAGCGCUUGA